GUCGCUCUACCUCCGAUCAAAGGUGAACCCUUUCCUGAGACUUUAAAGGCUGCAGGUUCCGAGCCUGAGUUUGCUCCCAUGAAGCAGCAGCCAGCUUCCAAGCCUGAAUACAGCCAAGACAGACAACCCAGCAUGGGGUUUCAAGGGUUCUCAGAAAAUGAGAAGGAGUCUGAUGAAGUAGCAGGAAAUCCCAACGGUGUCGCGGAUCUGGUGGAGGCGGAUGAGGAAAUGCCCAGGGCAGAGCCAUGUGUGAAGCAAGACGAAGACAAGCCAGCAGCUCAAUGGCAUCAGGUAGAGGAGGAUGCAAGCAAGGAGAAGCCAACAGCAGGAAGGAGCCAGGAACCGGAGGAGGCAAACAAGGAGAUGCCAACAACAGGAAGGAAACCGGAACGGGAGGAGAAGCAAGCAGCGGCAACAAGCAAGGAACGGGAGGAGGUUAAUGCGGAGAAGACUGCAGAGCGUAGGGUGCAGACAGAACAGAAGCCAGAUCAGCAAAAGGCAGAGGAGCAUGAUGCUGAGGAGGGCCUCUUAGAUGACAUCCCCAUUGAUGGGGACACAGAAGCGGAAACCCCACCAAAGCAUGACCUGUCUCUCAGUCCCGGGGCACGUGACAAACGAAUGAGACGUGUGUUCACGAAAAAAGUUGAUGGAACCUUCAAAGUGCCAAUGCGUUUUGUGGAAGAGUAUCAGAAAAAGGGUGAAGCCCGAAAGAGUCUGGAAAAGAUUCUGGCUUCCUGCGGCUACAAUCCAGCCACCCGUCAUGCAAACAUGAAUACUGCGGAAGAGUUCAUUCAGGAGCUGCAUGAGAUUGUGGAAACUUACUUCGAGGAGGAGUUGGUGGUUGAGGGAAAGUUCAUGACUGAGCAGGCGAUGCUCGAUGAGGGCAUGACGGAGAAGCGUGUGGAAGCGAUAAAGAAGUAUUGCGCCGAGAAACCUGCAAAGUUCCUGAGGAGAGACAGGUACGAGCCUGGCCUGAUCCUGUAUUGGACGGUUUGGGGCUGUGGGGCAUAUGAGUAUAUGUUCACGUUACAGGGUAUCUACAUACACAUUGUAGGUCGUGCGUUCCCGUGGAAAGGUGAUGUUCCAGAGAUUGAUGUGGACAAGGAGGUCAAGGCUAAUGCCAGCAAGGAGGCUGCCGAAAUGAGAAAGCGUGCUGGAGUACCUGAGAUCGACCCCGAUGCCAAACCUUCUUCGAGCGCUCCCAAGAUUGUGUCAUGUGCUACGAAGCAUGUGAAGAAGCUCGCCGAUCUAAUUGAAAUCUUCAAGGGCAUCGACAAGCCAACGGCCAUCCAAACACGGAUGUUGGACAAGCUGAACAAGGUUCAUGAUUCUCUCGAUGAAAAGGAGGAUGCAAUUUCCAAUCUUCUUUCAGAAGGCGUGAUUGAUGGGUUCCGGACCUUGCUUCCCAAAGGUGCCCAAGCAACGGGGCAGAACAAGGCAAUGUCAAAGAAGAGCCUGCUCGGGAACCUCAAGCAGGUGCACUUAUGCACCGACUUGCUGAAAUGGUUGGUGACGGCUGCUUGCACGGACCUUGUGCGGGUCAGCGAAGCUGCGCGGGCAGACGCCUGCGCUUGCGAUGCUGUGGCACUUGCAGCUUCUAUUCCCGAGAGAGAUGCAGAGAAGGGUGCGCACAAACUCUUGAACCAUUUUGGCUUAUCCCUAAGGGUCAAGGUUAGCUGGGUGGCUCUGGACUUGAAUGGAGAACUUUUGCGAAUCCCGUAUCUCAAGCCCUCUGAUUAUCUAAAGAAGCUCCUGGAUUGGUACCCGGAUGUUGUGUGGGGCGAUGGCGUGAAGGACAGCUCCCAAAGAUGCACUUCCUUUUGGAAGGCUUACUAUUGGUCCCAUCCUACACACAAGGCCUUUUCAACCUUCAGUUACAAUGGCUUGGGCCAGCUAUUGCCCAUACAGCUGCAUGGCGAUGAGGGGACAGGAUCCAAGAAACAACCCGUCAGCAUCAUGAACUGGCAAACUGUGUGGGGCCGGAGUACAAAGAAGACUGAACACCUUCAAGGUGCAAUUUUUGGGGCCUGCCAAGCAUGUUCGGAACCAUCCAGCAUCGAGCGGUGCUGCACGGUGCCUCAGACUUGCCCAAAGGGAACUUGUGCAAGCAUGCAACUGACGAGUGAGGAUUAUAAGGAGCUUCAGGGGCAGUUGCCUACAUCAGCAGGGCAUUCUUUCUUGCAGCGGCAUUUGGUGUUUGUCCUCCCUACAAACCUGGUGAAAAAAGGGCCGGAGGUACUGGAGGCAGUGCUAUCUGCCUGCGCUGCCGACUUAGAACAUCUCUUCAACUUCGGGGUCAAUGUUGGAGGCAAACAAGUGUUUGCUGCUGUAGUUGGCUGCAAAGGUGAUGCUAAAUGGCACGCUGCUACUGGGCAUUUCACAAGGUGCUACAGUCGCCUUGGCGACACGAAGUCGUACCCCAUAUGCCCAGAGUGCUUGGGUGGCGACCCUGCUUUUCCGUUUGAGGCGACCAACAGCGAACCUGGUUGGGUCCAGACUCUUUAUGAAAGUGUGCCAUGGAAUGAUCCUGGCCAGCUUGAAAGGCAGUUUACAAAAGACAACUUUCACUUGUCCCGGGUUGAUUCUUUCAGCUACACGAACUGCAAGGGCAACGGUGUGAUGAUCAUCAAUGCGAUAUGGUUCUUGUCCAGGCUUUGA